UUGUUGGAUUUAUCACCACUAGCUAAUUGGAAGUUAUCUUCCUACAAACAAGGAUAUGGACUCCCUCAGCUUAGAGAUGACUCUCCUGACACAUACUGGCAGUCAGAUGGAAGCAACGGUAGUAAUCAGAACAACAGUGCUAUUAUGAAUAACGAGUUAUGUAAUCCACAUUCUAUAACCAUUCAGUUUUCCAAAAAAGUAUCUUUGGAAAGGAUCUCCAUUUUCACCAAUUACAGUCUUGAUGAAAGUUAUACACCUUCUAAAAUCAAGAUCCUUGCUGGAUCUUCUGAUGGCUGGGAUUUAAACGAAGUUUGUACUGUUAACUUUAGUAAGCCGAUCGGAUGGUCGCAUAUCAUCUUCAACGGGAUCAGGAGUGAUGGAGUACUCAAAUGUUUUGUGGUAAAAUUGAUCGUACUUGCCAAUCAUCAAGACGGCAAAGAUUCUCAUAUUCGAGCCAUUAGAUGUUUU